AUGCCUCAAGUGGAAAUAAAACCCCCAGAAUUUUCAUUUCAAUGGAUUUUUAUUGAUUUUAUAUUGUUUGGAUUAUUUGGACUUGUUGUAUUGUUUUUGGCGUCACGAUUUACAUUUUUACAUUGGUCCAGAUAUGGUGUCAACUAUUUGACACCAUAUUUUCCCGCUGGAAAUCUUAACGAUUUUAUUUUUGGUGAUAAAUCAUUUGCUACCGUCUUUCAGGAACUAUAUGAACUUGGUAAAAGUGUGAAGCAAAAAAUUAGUGGAAUUUAUCUAUUUACUCGACCAGGAGUCAUAAUUAACGAACCUGAGCUCAUCAAAACAAUUUUAAUUACUGAUUUCGAAUUUUUCCAAGAUCGUGGAAUAUUUUACAAUGGAAUUCAUGAUCCAAUAGCCGCAUAUUCAUCAGAAGUAACUGGAUCCGCAUGGAUUGGUCAUUUAGAUUUAUUUUCCGAAGAUUUGAUACAAAAAUUAUUCACCGAUAUACGAGAAUGUCUUGCAACGUCAUAUAAAAAUUGUUCACCUACAAAUACCGACACAGAUGACGUAAACAUCAAUAACUUUGUAUUAAAUUUAAUGGUAUCGAUUUUGGGUAGUACAACAUUUGGAUUGAAAUACGAUCAAGCGAUUAACGAAGAGAUCAAAAAAGUUUAUGCGCCACCACAACCAAAAUGGCGUAUGUUAGCCAAUUUUGGUAUUGGACUUUAUCCAGAAUUAUCGAUUUUUACGAACCUUGUAACAAGGUUUAUUAAACUGAAUCCAGACGUGUCUUUUGUGAAUAAUAAUCAAUUAAAAUUAAAUGAAAAUUUUAAUAAAGUUUGGACGAAAAUUCAGCGAAACGAUGAACCUAAGAAAUAUGAUGAAGAUCGUGAAAAUGUAACAAAAGGUUUUCAAUUUUUCUUGAACUGCUUACAAAUGUUAAAUCCAUUGAUUAUUUUUACGUUGUACGAAUUGGCAAGAAAUGUGGAUGUUCAAGAAAAGUUACGUAAAGAGAUAAAUAAAGUAUUUUAUAAAAUUGAGGAUCUUAACUAUCAAAAUUUAUCCAAAAAAUUCACAUAUUUGGACAUGGUUUUAAAAGAAACUUUACGGAAAUAUCCAGUAAAUCCAUUGAUAAAUCGAACUUGUGUCAGAGAUUAUAAAGUGGAAAAUACAAAACAAAUAAUAAACAAAGGUGCAUUAAUAUAUAUACCCGUAUUUAGCAUACAUAAUGAUCCAAAAUAUUAUCCAAAUCCAGAACAAUUUGAUCCGAAUCGAUUUGCUAGUGAUAAAACUAUCAAAGAAUGCACUUACUUACCAUUUGGUGAUGGAAAACGAACAUGUAUUGGUAAAACUUUUGGCUUGCUUCAUGUAAAAUUAGCUUUAAUUAUGAUUUUAAAACAAUAUCAGUUAAACGAAUGUUCAACGACACCCACAAAUAUUCAAUUUAAUCCAAAUAUACAUUUUCUGGCUACAAAUCAAGAUAUUUGGUUAAAAUUUAAUAAAAUUUAAAAAUUC